CGAACAGAUCGCUUGAGCGACCACGAUGAGCCCUGCGUUGGUGUUCAUUGAACAGAAUGCGGCCGGGAUAGGCAAGUCGGACCGUCGUGCCCUUCGGUCUCAUGUCAUGAGGGGCAAGAAUGCCGGCAGACCACGGCCCUCGACACGAAAACAAACGAACAAUGUCCCCAUCAAGCGUCAGCUGAAGAUACCGCGACGGGUUUUCUGGAAUGACUUCUGUCUAACAUCGUUCCCGCAAGAGCUCGAUCCUGACUCCACUAGGCUCAUGCAUCGAUGGUUCCUAGACAUCAGUGACACGCUAUUUCCUCCCCAGUUCUGCUACAAGUUCGAUAUAUUGAAAUCGAUCUGGGUUAACUGCAUACUGGUAGAUGAAGCUUACUUUCACUCGACCUUAGCGGUGUCGGCAUCCUACGUUGACUUCUUUGAACGAAAGCCUACCACAUCGUCAAAGACUUUGCAUCAUAUAUGUCAGGCAUAUUCGCUGGUCAACCUCAAACUUUCAGGCCCCCAAGCCAUAUCGGAUAGCGCCAUUGCUGCUGUGGUCACCCUCGCCAUCUACCAACAGAUACACCAGCAACACUCCACCGGCCUUGUGCACCUUAGAGGGCUUCAUCGAAUGAUUGAGUUACGCGGGGGUAUCGCCAGAUUGAUGAAGGAGAACCGUCCAUUGGCCCUCAAGCCACUCAGACUCGAUAUUGAAUUGGCUAUGCAAAAUGGGUCACCCACGAUGUUUGAUAGUCAGGAAGUACCAGUGACAACUGUCUUGUGCGACUCUAGCACCGUCAAAGAACAGCUUUCUGCCUGUCCCCCUGGACUGCCCCGCAGUAUGCUAGAUCUCAUCGUUUUCGCUGGCAUUCUCAAUGACAGGGUGAAGAACGGACGAUCCAAGCUCAACCCUUUGGACUACACGGAAACGCUCAUAUCACUCCUAUACCGUCUCUUGGAAGGUGAACCUUUCAGUCAGCCCCUGCUUGCUUCGGAAGGCCUCUACGGCGACGCAGCACGUCUCGCUAUGCUGGCUUUCAUGACCGGCUUGCUUCCCAACUACUGUCGUGAUAACUUCAGUUCGUCGCUUCUAUGCACUCGCCUAGUGGAAGCCGUUCGAGAACUCUAUUCGAAACACAAAGACGCGCGAAUUGGCGAUGUAUCACUGCUGCUGUGGAUUCUUUUUAUGAGCGCUAUCUCGGUUCUAAAAGUCAAUGACCACAGCUGGCUGCUGUUUGCAAUCGCGGAGACUUGCGACCGUGCAGAUCUGCGCGACUGGGCAACCGUUCACCACCAUCUCAGCGGGUUUCCGUGGAUAUACACACUGCAUGAUGCCCCCGCGCGGUGUCUAUGGGAGGAAGUUUAUGAAGUAAAGUUGGAGGAUCGCGGCACCGCUCUUUCACCACCCGCAAAAUCGACUCAACGCGGGCUUUGAGAACUACGUAUUCAUCAUUCGGAACCUCGCUACAUGUAGACAUUCCUAGGCGGAGGGGUACCUCGCUUUAUGAUACAACUCCGGAGAAAUAUAAGACUUGAUAUCCGGCUCACCCUUGUCGGUGCACUGGUAGCUGAUAUACGCGUGCAUGCCUUUGCCGUUCUCUAGCCCGCGGUGGACGGCGAGCUUCUCCAGCAUGGCGAGAUACUCAUUGCAGUAGGCGCCACGGCCGCGCUCCCGGAGCCACGCGACCAGGUUCCUCGCAAUAGUCAAAUCGUCAGGGCCGUAUUUACGCGUGGGUAGGUAGAACUUGACGUCAGGCGUACCGCUUGAGGGCGCGAUGUCGAAGAAGUAUGUGAAGCCCUCACACAGCGCAUCAAAGUCGUCCCACUUGUUGUCGCCGCUCGCGGACGCCGGAGCGAACUCGGCGUCCUCAGGGUAGUCCUCGGGCAGGCCGAGGAUGACGAGGAUGAGGGAGCGCAGGUCCUGCAGGCUGGCCUCGGAGACGUCUCGGAGUCCGCCCAUGGUGAUAACCUCCCGGACCGAGUUGAAGCAGGUGUGGCGCGAGGUGAAGUACAUCUUGAGGCGCGA